AUGCAGCGCGCAUCCGUUUGCCCACAUACGCCUCCGCCAACGCCUCUGAAACAACCCUUUGCACCUUUCACACCUCACUCCUCACUGCCCCGCCACAAUUCCUCUGCCCGCUCAAAACCAUCCCCCCUUAAAGUCGUCGUAGCUCCGUCCCUUUCUUCCCUAUUCUCUACUCGCCCGGCCCUUCGCUUUGUUGCGCCUCCCUUUAGCCAGGCAUGGCCCGAGCUGCGUGUCUGGGUGUUGACACACCCAUCCUUUGCCUUCCCCCGGCUACAGGCCAACUGCCAGAAGAAGGAGGUGUCGUCGUCUCCUCCCCAGCUACACCCUAUCGGAAGCCCAUCGAACAUGCAGGCCACUCUUACCAACAACAGCUCAUCCGUACCUACGCCCUCAACGCACCCGAAGAGCUCCUCCAUCCAGCUGACUCUAACAAAAACAAGCAAGCAAAGAGCGCCCCCACUUUGCGAGCCAAGGAUACCGAUGCCGCCAAGUCCCUCGCCUCCAAGAUGGCAGUCGGCAGCGACGAUCUUUAUGAGCUUCUCGAGCUCGGAGAGAAGAGGUGGCACGCCACUGCUGACGAUAUCAAGAAGAGUUUUCGCAGGAUUAGUUUAA